CCCUCAGCCAAUCAGUUUGGGGCAUGCAGAUGGAAGCCACACCCGCGCGGCAACUCGUGUCGCGCGCUUCUUGAAGCAUUGUCCUGGCAGACAAAAGUUGUUGACUACUUCUUGUCCUGAGUUUUGGAAAGUUUAGACUGUCCGUGUAAUUCUUCCCUUGCAUCUCUUGCUUCGUGCAAGGGAAGUUUAUAACAUCCACAUAAGGAGCUGCGGACUGUGUAGUUCUCCGCUCGCCAACGUGGAGAAGUAUUUGUUCUGCACCCCGCGGGGUUUAAAGUUCUGGCUAUUAUUAGCAGGUAGUUAGCUCCAUCACUGAUAUAAGUUUGGUAACAAUGGCGGCGCUGUGUCAGCAACGACGUGCCUUGGUGGAAAUACCUGCACCACAGCCUAAAAUUGCAGCUCGAAUGAGAAGAUCUUACUUAGAAAUUCUCAGCGCUCGUUUCGCUCCUGCUCCACUUCCAAGAGGCAGGAAUCCAAACCCAAAGCGAGCACAGUCUUAUUUGUCCUUUGGUGUGUGGAGAGAAAGGAUCGAGGACCAGUGUGAAAAGAUGGACGAACACCCCACCCAGCUCUCUAAACAGCAGCUUGUACAGCUAAUCAGAUCACUCAUCUUGGUUGAACAGAGCAAAGAGCCCAGAAUGGUGGCAACAGACCUCAAGUGUCUUCAGGAAGACUUGCAGCUGAAGAAGACAAAUGUUUACAGAUCCAUACCGUACUCCCGGUUUGGCUCCAACAGGGAUGCUCACUGCUACAGAAAGGCCUAUCCUCACUUGGUGGCAUUCAAAGUUUCAUGUCAGGAGUGGGGCCAAGUUCUCCUGAGGAACAAAGAGUGGGAUGCUGUGUUGGAGCAUUCCCUCAUGGCGUGGCGAUACACCAGUGACUUACCACAGUGGGACACCGUGAACCACAACGUGCUGAGAGAACAGUGUUACAGCAUCCUGGCUGCUCAUGGCCUUGCUGCUCUCCAGCACCACCACCCAGAAGCCAGCAGAGGACUGGAGCUGCUCAGGAGGUUUAAGAUGGCCCAGCUGCAAAGCCAGUUAAUAGUUCCCUGUAUUGAGGAGCUGCAAAGGAUCAUGGGAUACACAGAGGGCUUUUCCAUGGACACAAAGUGAUGUGAUGAUCCAGCUCAGCAUCUGGAUUCUGUCUUGAAAACUGUGCCUCGUGGUUGACUCAAAUUGUUUUAAUGGGCCAAAAAUGUUGUUUACUUGACUGGUUAUUUACAAAAUCCACUACAGUAUUCUUCUUAAGGACCAGGGAAGACAAUGAUUCAAGUUGAAGAAACACAAACUAUCCUUAAUUGUAAAAAAAAGCAAUUAACAACAGUUUUAAUCACAUUUCAAGUUUAAUUGAAAAUCAUAUUAAGAUGAACUUUAAAGAUUUAAUUUGACUUCUGCAUAUAUUAUUUUCCGUUUAUUUAAGAUAUGCUCCCUUUUCAGAGUAUUAAUAUUUAGUUGGUACUGGCAGUAGUUGGUGUAUAUAUUUUUAGAGCUGUUUAGAGAAUAGUUCGCAGUGACAGCUGAAAAGAAAAUGGCCUUUUGUGUGUGUGUGUGUGUGUUUGUGUGUGUUAAGUUUCUGCUACUGUUGGGAACCCCUGAACAUGUUGACAUGUUUGUGUUGUCUCUGAUUUCCUGUUGUACCGCAUGUCUUGUUUUUCAUUGAGUCCUGUAUUGCACUGUCAGUGUUUGUCCUGAAAACUUGAAUGUUUUAAUAAAAUCGAAUCUAAUUUAAAUAAAAUUGGUAUAAACUGCAA